CUGUGCAUGAAUAAAGUUGUUCACUUCCCCAUUGCUCACACAGCAGGUAGACAUGGCGAGCAAGGUUGCGGUUCAUUUUGUGGAUAACAAUGUCAACAUGGCCCAGUGGAAUCAGUUACAGCAGUUGGAGACGCGAUAUCUGGAGCAGCUGUAUCACUUGUACAGUGACAGCUUCCCCAUGGAGCUGCGGCAGUUCCUGGCCCCCUGGAUCGAGAGCCAGGACUGGGCGUAUGCAGCCAACAAGGAGUCUCACGCAACGCUUGUGUUCCAUAACCUGCUGGGUGAGAUUGAUCAGCAGUACAGCCGCUUCCUGCAGGAGAACAACGUCCUGUACCAGCACAACCUGCGGCGCAUUAAACAGCACCUGCAGAGCAAGUAUCUGGAGAAGCCCAUGGAGAUUGCCCGUAUCGUGGCCCGCUGCCUGUGGGAAGAGCAGCGUCUGCUGCAGACGGCCACCACUGUGCAGCAGGAUGGCCAGGUUGCCCAUCCCACAGGAACUGUGGUGACAGAAAAACAGCAGAUACUUGAACACAACCUGCAAGACAUCAGGAAGAGAGUACAGGAUAUGGAGCAGAAGAUGAAGAUGUUGGAAAAUCUGCAAGAUGAUUUUGACUUUAACUACAAAACUCUAAAGAGUGCUGGAGAGUUGUCUCAGGACCUGAAUGGAAACAGCCAGGCAGCAGCUACCAGGCAGAAGAUGUCUCAACUGGAGCAGAUGCUGAGCGCUCUGGAUCAGCUGAGGAGGCAAAUAGUGACUGAGAUGGCAGGUCUGCUGUCUGCCAUGGACUUUGUGCAAAAGAAUCUGACCGAUGAAGAACUGGCCGACUGGAAGAGGAGACAGCAGAUCGCUUGCAUCGGAGGACCACCGAACAUCUGCCUGGACCGCUUGGAGACAUGGAUCACCUCUUUGGCUGAGUCACAGUUGCAGAUAAGACAGCAGAUCAAGAAACUGGAGGAGCUUCAACAGAAGGUCUCGUACAAAGGAGAUCCAAUUAUUCAGCACCGCCCUGCUCUGGAAGAGAAGAUCGUAGACCUGUUCCGCAACCUUAUGAAGAGUGCAUUUGUUGUUGAGAGACAGCCUUGUAUGCCCAUGCACCCUGACCGACCCCUUGUCAUCAAAACAGGAGUUCAGUUCACCACCAAAGUCAGGUUGCUUGUGAAAUUCCCAGAGUUAAAUUACCAGCUGAAAAUCAAAGUGUGCAUUGACAAGGAGUCAGGUGACGUGGCAGCCAUUCGAGGUUCACGCAAGUUCAACAUCCUUGGCACCAACACGAAGGUGAUGAACAUGGAGGAAUCCAACAAUGGCAGCCUGUCAGCAGAGUUCAAACAUCUGACUCUACGAGAGCAGAGAUGUGGCAACGGAGGUCGAACCAACAGUGACGCUUCUCUGAUAGUGACUGAAGAACUUCACCUGAUCACAUUCGAGACAGAGGUCUACCACCAAGGACUAAAGAUCGACCUUGAGACGCACUCUCUCCCAGUGGUGGUCAUCUCUAAUAUCUGUCAAAUGCCAAAUGCAUGGGCGUCCAUCCUGUGGUACAACAUGCUGACCAACCAUCCCAAGAAUGUGAAUUUCUUCACCAAACCUCCGGUGGGAACGUGGGAUCAGGUGGCAGAGGUGCUCAGCUGGCAGUUUUCAUCCACAACCAAAAGAGGACUUACCAUUGAGCAGCUUACCACACUUGCAGAGAAACUUUUGGGUCCGUGUGUAAACUACUCCGGUUGCCAAAUCACAUGGGCCAAGUUCUGCAAAGAGAACAUGGCAGGAAAAGGUUUCUCAUUCUGGGUGUGGCUAGACAACAUUAUUGACCUAGUGAAGAAAUAUAUUUUGGCUCUAUGGAAUGAAGGGUAUAUUAUGGGCUUCAUCAGUAAAGAAAGAGAGAGGGCAAUCCUGAGUCCAAAGCCUCCAGGGACAUUCCUGCUACGCUUCAGUGAAAGCAGCAAAGAGGGAGGAAUUACCUUCACCUGGGUUGAGAAGGACAUCAAUGGUAAGACCCAGAUCCAGUCAGUUGAACCGUACACUAAGCAGCAGCUCAACAGCAUGUCUUUCGCUGAGAUCAUCAUGGGCUACAAGAUCAUGGAUGCCACCAACAUCCUCGUCUCGCCGUUGGUCUACCUCUACCCCGAUAUCCCCAAAGAGGAGGCGUUUGGCAAGUACUGCCGCCCCGAGGCCCAGCCUGAUACUGAGUUCCCUGACCCUGGAUGUGUAAUUCAGCCCUACCUGAAGACCAAGUUCAUCUGUGUCACCCCGUGUCCUUCUGUCUUCAUGGACUUCCCGGACAGUGAGCUGUUUGGGAACGGCUUCCCUGGGACUAACUCUGGCAACACAAGUGAUUUGUUCCCGAUGUCCCCUCGUACACUCGAUUCUCUCAUGCACAAUGAAGCCACGGAGGCCAAUCCGGGACCUCUCGAAUCCCUGACUCUGGACAUGGAGUUGAGCUCCGAUCAUCCCUCACCCAUGAGAGAGGGGUUUGCAGCCUCAGCAAUCUCAGAUAUGGACACCUGCCGAAAUGCUUAGGUUUCCAACGUUUUAGAUUUUUUUUUUUUUGUUUGUUAUUUACAUAGGGAAAAUGAAUUGUCAUGUAUAUAAUGUGCUUAGGUGCUAGAGCCCUUUUCUGUCUCCGAGCCAAUUCUUUUCUUUUCAGUUUUACAGGCAUAGCCACAAGCGUGCAAAAACACGCUAGAAAGUUCACUUUUCGUCUUCAUGUCAACAUUGAUAAUACUGAAUUGAACUCAUUCUUUUUUAAAUGGUUAAGAUGUUAACUUUUAUUUGUCUUUUAUUACAUGAGGCAUUGAAGACCAAUAACAGGAGUUUUUAGCUUUUUUGGGCCUUUGUCAAAGAAGGUUAAUAUAAAGAUUAUGUAAAAGUUUUUCAAUAUGGUUGAUUGCAGACAUUUGGCCAUGACUCUCACUUGUAUUGCGGUGUCCACUGGUGUUAGUUAACAUGAAACUUAUUUUGAUCUGAUAGCAUAGCAUAUGCCCAGUGAAUUCUUCAUUCAUCAUUCUUUAUGUUGAUCUUUUGAAAUGAGUGUGAAGGGGAGUUAACUUUACAGUAGUAUUGAUCAGCAGUUCCUUAAAGCUGCCAAACCCGGCAUGAUCUUGUACCGUGUUGAACAUAAAUUUCAAAUCUGGAUUUGAACAGAAUUAUCAUUAAUGGUCAGAUGAUAAGUUUGUGCAUGCAGGUCUAUAAUGUCCAUUUUAGCUUCUGGUUUAUAUAAAUAUACUGUAUUUUAAUGUUUUACUGAAAAAUAUUUGAGUCUUUUAUUGGAUUUCUAUGGGAAGUGCAUGGAAGAAGAUAUAUAUUACGCAGAUGAGCAAAUGUGAUAUUUCCACCAUAUUACAGUGUCCUAAAUGUGAUGUUUGUUGUGCUAACUUAGCAGGCAAAUCUUGCACUAUAAUUGUAACAGUUAGAUGGUGAAUCUUCUAUAUAGAGACACAUUCAUACAUGCACAUAUAUAUACAGAUAUUUAUAAUUUUGUUCAAUUCACUGAUCUGUUGUCAUCAUGUAAGGUAGCGCUUCAAAUGGAAAUAUGAUGGAAAAUGAUGUUUCUUCAUUGUGUAACUACUUUUUAAACAUCUGUCAGUCUGAGUUUGUUUCCCGUCUGUGUAUCUAUCCUUUCUUCUACUUUGUGUGUGUAUAUUAUAUACACACACAUAUAUAUAUAUACACACACACUGCACUAUGUAUAUUCUCUUUAUUGUAUAAUGAAUUCUUGUUGAGAAACUAUUAUCAGCUCUUUGUGUUUUUGAGGCGGUUUGCAAAAGACCACAAACCUUUGAACAAUAGUGUGUCACCAUACUGUAUAUAUGUCAUCUACCAUAACAUUAGAAAGUGGAAAUAGAGUCUGUACUAAUACAAAAGAUGACUAGUACUACAGUUAGGGAAAUCAGGACUGGCUUUUACAAGGUGCCCCCAUAUAGUUGCCCUGUUGGGGCAUUUUAUCUCAGACCUAGUGGAGCAAAAUGAAGUGAUUGGGUUUCAGUGGAUAUUUAAAGGUCAUUUUUCCUGAAUGAAUCUCAUCUGCUUUUAUGCAAAUGGUAAUUACUGAGUGUUUAUCUCUCUGUCUAGCUGUCAUUACCCCAGCCAUUCUGCUGUAAAGGUUAAAAAGAGAUGGAGAGAGACAUCGCAUUGGACGUUGUGCUUUGACCUUUCGCCAAGGUUUUUUAAUCAGACGUCCAGCUGUUUAUUAGGUUUGCAGUAAUGAUGUUUAUACUUUCAAAAUAAUUGCAUUUUUAUGGAGACCGGUGACUCCGGAAGACUGAGAAUACAUCGGUUAAAUUUGUGUUGUCUUUAUGCAAGAGGCACAAAAACAGGAUUUUUUUUAUUUGCAUAGUUCUUUUUUUCUUUGUUUGUUCCUAUUCCAUGAUACAACAUCAUGGUCUUUAUUCAAGUAUAUACCAUUCCUGACAUUCUCUAUGUGAAGCUGUACUGAAAUUUUAAUAAUCUCUUGGUCAUUUUCUUCAGAGAAAUGUUCUCCCAUGUGCCAUUAAUAACAAUCCUCGCUAUUUUGUUCUUUUAAAGAUAUUGAUUCUGCUUUAUUCAUGUCAUUUUCCAUGACAGUAUAACAUAAUGUAACUGUAUAAUUGUAAAUGUUACGGUAUAUUUUUUCUCCACAAUUAUUCAUCGUGAGCAUUGUAGAAACAAAUAAUUUAACACUGAAUAUGUUUUGCAGAAACAAAUCCCUUCUGAAAUAAAGCUGUUAUAUUGGCUA